AUGAGUUCUCCCAUGGAGACGGAGCAAAACCCUCCAACCGAUCAAAACGGCGCCGCUUCCCAACACUCACCUCCACCUCCUCUGCCACCGGACGACAAAUUUCUUGUGCCUAUCGAGGUUUGCUUAAAACCUUCCAGUACAGCUUCCAUUCACGAUGUCCGUUCAGCCAUUGAGGGGAUGCUUGAAAAGAGGAGUUUGAGCUAUAAUGGCGGACCAAUUCCCGUUCCCCUUGAUGAGCCCUUUCUUGCUGAUAAUGUGCAAAGAAUUUGCAUUUGUGAUGCAGGUGAAGGAAUGCAAAAUGAUAAUGUUCUUUUGUUCUGGCAAGUCAAGCCGGUUGUACAUGUCUUUCAGCUUAGCGAGGAAGGGCCGUGUGAGGAUAUCAGCUCUGAUGGCCAGUCUUCUAGCUUCAAUGAAUGGAUUCUUCCUGCAAAAGAAUUCGACGGCAUGUGGGAAAGCCUAAUAUAUGAAUCUGGUCUAAAGCAAAGGUUGUUGCGGUAUGCAGCGAGUGCUUUGCUUUUCACGGAAAAGGCUGUUGAUCCUUUCCUUGUUUCAUGGAACCGCAUAAUUCUUUUGCAUGGACCCCCUGGAACUGGAAAGACAUCUUUAUGUAAAGCAUUAGCUCAGAAGCUAUCAAUUCGAUUCAAUUCAAGAUACACACAGGCCCAGCUUGUUGAAGUGAAUGCACAUUCUUUGUUCAGUAAAUGGUUUUCUGAAAGCGGCAAGCUGGUCGCAAAACUUUUCCAAAAGAUUCAAGAAAUGGUAGAGGAAGAAAGCAAUCUGGUAUUUGUUUUGAUUGAUGAAGUCGAAAGCCUCGCUGCUGCUAGAAAAGCUGCUUUGUCUGGUUCUGAACCUUCAGAUUCUAUUCGGGUUGUCAAUGCAUUAUUAACUCAGAUGGAUAAGCUUAAAUCAUCUCCAAACGUGAUCAUUCUAACCACAUCCAACAUUACCGCUGCUAUCGAUAUUGCUUUUGUUGACCGAGCUGAUAUCAAAGCAUAUGUUGGUCCACCAACUCUUCAAGCUCGAUAUGAAAUAUUAAGGUCUUGCUUGCAGGAACUCAUGCGUACAGGGAUAUUGACUAGUUUUGAGGACUGUAAGAAUAUUGUACUUCCAAAUUAUGCUAGUGCAAAACAAAGGAUGAAUGCACCCAAUUUUCACGAGGCUACUACAUCCAUGCAACUUUGCAAGCAACUAGUUGAAACUGCAGAGGCAUGCGAGGGAAUGAGUGGAAGGUCUCUCAGAAAGCUUCCAUUUUUGGCACAUGCUGCACUUGCAAAUCCUUUUGAUUGCAACCCUAUCAAGUUCUUAAGUUCAAUGGUAGAUACAGCAAAGAGGGAGCGUUCUGAGCUUCCCGAUUAA